AUGACCUACGACCUAUCGCAUACGAGUCACGAAUCGGCCCCGCCGCCCACGACUCGCGGCCCUCGCCGCCCCUACUCUCACGGCCAUCGCCGCCCCUGCUCUCGCGGCCCCGCCGCCCAUUGCUCGCGGCCCCGCCGCUCGCGGCCCUCGCCGCCUCUACUCUCGCGGCCCCGCCGCCCACCGCUCGCGGCCCUCGCCGCCACUCCCCGCGGCCCCGCCGCCCCUACUGUCGCGGCCCCGCCGCCCGCGGCCCUCGCCGCCUCUACUCUCGUGGCCCCGCCGCCCACUGCUUGCGGCCCCGCCGCCCCUGCUGUCGCGGCCCCGCCGCUCGCGGCCCCGCCACCCCUGCUUACGCGACACCGCCGCCCCUACACGCGGCCCCGUCGCCCCUGCUCUCGCGGCCCCGCCGCUCCUGAUCUCGCGGCCCCGCCGCCCCUGCUCUCGCGGCCCUACCGCCUCUGCUCACGCAACACCGCCGCCCCUACUCACGGCCCCGUCGCCCCUGCUCUCACGGCCCCGCCGCCCGGUAUCGGAGCAGCCGAACCGCCCCGCCCGAGCCGCCCUGCACCCGCGCCGCCCUGCCGCCGAGCCGCCCAGGAGCCGAGCCGCCCAGCAGCAGCCGAGCCGCCCAGCAGCAGCCGAGCCGCCCAGCAGCAGCCGAGCCGCCCAGCAGCAGCCGAGCCGCCCAGCAGCAGCCGAGCCGCCCAGCAGCAGCCGAGCCGCCCAGCAGCAGCCGAGCCGCCCAGCAGCAGCCGAGCCGCCCAGCAGCAGCCGAGCCGCCCAGGCGCCGCCGAGCCGCCCUUCUGCCGAGCCGCCCGACCUGCCCUGCCCGUCAUGGCUACCCCUAGUGUCCUAGCUUUUGACGCUGAGGGUCGAGCCAUUGACUUUGAGGUCUGGGUCGACGACCUGCAGCUGUUCUUACAGUGCGAUAGGGCGGACGGUCUCUCUCUCUUUGACCUCACUUCCGGCGCCUCUCCUGCCCCUGCUGCUGAUGCUGACCCCACUGUUCGCUCUCAGUGGGCCACCCGCGAUGCUGCUGCACGUCUUGCUGUGCGUCGCCACCUCCCUACCACUGAGCGCGCGCACUUUAGUCAGUACAAGAGUGCUCAAACCUUGUACGACGCUGUAGUUGCGCGCUACUCUUCCCCUGCCACUGCUGCACUGAGCCGUCUCAUGCUACCGUACCUCUUUCCUGACCUCACUGCCUUUCCCACUGUCGCUGACCUCAUUACGCACCUCCGCACUAGUGACACUCGCUACCGCGCCGCCCUUCCUGCUGAGUUCUGCGCCAAGAACCCCCCCCCCCCAUGUACAUCACUCUCUACUACGUAG